AAUGGCGUACAACUAGAUUUAUUUUGGAUUUUUCAAUCUAAAUAAAAUAAAAUUAUUAGUCACUACCACACGCCUUUGUCAAAGUCUCUUGUUAUAUUCCCCUGGACCGAAGAGAACCUGAUGACUUCGAAUCCAACCAGAUUAUAUCCCAAGUCUCCUAUUCCUCUCUACUCAAAGAAACUGAGGGCAUUGUCGCCAUUUUAAAUUCGCAGUUUUUCUUCACCGCCUGGAAGCCCCGAAACGCCGCUCCACUUUCUGCCGUUUGUCUCCUCUCAUAUUUUUUCCGGCACUCUAGUCGACUUACCUCCGUUUCUUUCUCUCCAGUUCUCCAAGCGCGUGUUUUCACGCUCUUCAACGCUUGGUCACUCUCCUACUCUGUUCUUUCCCUUUUGGGUUUCUUCCCUCCUUAUUUGUUCUCUCUAAAACCCAUUCUAGGGUUUGGGUACUAAUUUCAUCACUUAUACUAUGCAAUUGCACAAAUACAAUGGUUGAAAAGGCUAACAAAAAGCACAAGAAAGGCUUCAUCAGCGAAGCAGACAUUUCCUCUGUCUUACAAAGAUACACAGCAAACACUGUGUUGGCACUAUUGCAAGAAGUUGCUCAGUCUCCGGGAGUUAAGCUCGAUUGGAAUGCGUUAGUGAAGAAGACUUCAACCGGGAUUUCUAAUGCUAGAGAGUAUCAGAUGCUUUGGAGACACUUAGCUUAUCGCAACCCUUUGCUCGAAAAAUUGGAAGAUGGCGCUCAACCUUUGGAUGAUGAUAGUGACUUAGAGUGUGAAUUGGAAGCUUUCCCAGAUGUUAGCAGUGAAGCCUUGACUGAGGCUGCUGCAUGUGUAAAAGUAUUGAUUGCUUCCGGUUUAGCAACUGAUUCCAAUCUCCCAAAUAGCUCGACAGUGGAAGCUCCACUGACAAUAAAUAUUCCUAAUGGUCAGUCUUUUAGAGCAUCAUUAGAACAUUCUCAGCCUGCUUGCUUAAUGCAAGGAACAAACAUUACAGUUCCAGUGUCGGUUCAGAAAAUGCCCCUACCUAUGGCGACAACUACAGAAGGAAUUAAUGGAAAUGGAUCAGUAGGGAGCAACAUGCAUUCUCAAAGGAAAAGAAAGACCUGGACUCCUGUAGAGGAUGCAAAAUUGAUUGCUGGUGUCCAGAAAUAUGGUGAAGGGAAAUGGGCAAAUAUCUUAGAAGGAGAUGUCGAGUGGGACAGAAAUACUUCACAGCUAUGUCGGAGGUGGAAUGCUCUUAGGAGGAAAAAUGGUAACAUGAUCUCGGGAGCCAAUUCAUCUGGUUCACAACUAUCUGAAACACAGCUGGCAACCCGUCAUGCUAUGUCUCUUGCCCUUGAUAUGCCAGUGAAGAACAUAACAUCCUCUACUGUUGAGUUUGAAACGGCUGGGGUGCCUUCAAAUCCUACAGCUAAUAACUCUGGGCUUCCCACUUCAAGUGCUGAAGCUUUACCGGGUGGUAGCAACAGCUUUGUGCAAGCCCAAUCUCAAUCUCAACAAGUCCCCAAUCAAACAAAAUCUUCUCCAGUUGCAUCACCAGGUUCUGCAGUAAAAUCUCAAGUAGGAGUAGCCCCUAAGAAAAUACCAGCAAAAACCAACUACAGUACAGAUUCAAGUUUAAGGGCUGCUGCAGUGGCUGCCGGUGCUCGUAUUGUUAUCCCAUCAGAUGCCACAUCAUUGCUCAAGGUUGCUCAGGGGAAGAAUGCAAUCCAUAUCAUGUCGUCAGGAGUUUCAUCAAUCAAACCUUCCAUCACUGGUGGUGCCCCAGUCCAUUCAGAUGCUUCAACGGUACGCUAUACACGAAUGGGCCUGGCAGCUGCAUCACCGAAUGCUGCUGCCACAUCAGGUGCCUCACAGCCUAGUUCUGUUAAAGCUGCCUCACCAAGAGUUCAGCAGAAUACAUCUUCUGAACAGAUUAAUGCUGUCAAAUUUAGUCCAGCUAUUGAACCUCCAUUAAAGCCAGAAGUUAAAGCUGAAGAAGGCAUCAAAGUUUCUGAUUUAUCCAGUGCUAUUGGAAAUGAACCUAGCAAAGAAGUUCAAGCAGAUGUAGCAGCCAUAGAAAAACUGAAGGAGCUCUAAAAUAAAUGGGCAGCCGUUUGAUGAAGACAUUUGUUAGUUCUAUGUCUGCAAGCUAAUAAAUGAUGCAAUAUUUGUAAAAUAAGAGAAAAAAGACUGAAAAGUCAAGCAAAUUGCAUCUGUUAGUGUUGGUCAACAGUAAAACUCACCCAGAAGAGCACCUGCAAUGAUUAACUAAACUAUAAUAACCAACUUUCCUUCAUUUUCAUCUCACUUUCCCACUGCAAGCUCCCUCAAAACGUGCACUUAAAUCCACAAAACGCAGACCCCUCCCCCUCUUAAUUUGGAAAGAGAACCUUCUUGACUCUCUCUCUCUCUACAACCUUUACAUUAUAUCUUUUUUUAUAAUUUCACACAGAGGGCCUUACCAGAAAAUUGAAAAAAACAAAUCGAAAGAUGAGCUUGGAUUUGGAUUCUGGUCAAGUUUGUGGAGUCAUUGCUUGGGGUGCCGCUGGGGGGUUCCGUGUCGGACACGAUGAUUAUUGUAGUAACAGCGGCGUUUGCAGUGGUAAUUGAUAUGUUAGUUCUCGUGUGGAGGAUAUGAGCGGAUCGAAAUAAAGGAGUGAAGCUAAAUGUGCCCCUAAGCCAAUGGUAGUCUCUGUUGACGACCACGAGGUCAAUGUCGCUUCAGGCAAGACUAAUGUAACUAUAUUUUACGGCACUCAGACCAGGACUGCCGAGGGCUCCGCAGAGCUGCUUUGAUUGCUCUGGCUGCCCAUGCCACUGAACCUGGAGAAGCAGAGAAACUGAAGUUCUUAUCAUCACCUGGGGGGAAGAUUUUCCCCCAGUAGGGUUCAUGUAACAUGUGCUUUAGUUUAUGGUCAAACUCCCACUAAUAGAAUGCACAACAGGUGUGUUCAACCUGGAUGAAGAAUGCAGUUCCUCUUGAGACAAGUUGUGGCUGUAGCGCGGCUCAUAUUUUUUUUUCAGACCGUCUAACUUUAAGUCAUCGGCUGAUCCCUCCAUUCCAAUUGUCAUGGUAGGACCCGGGACUGGAUUGGCACCUUUCAGAGGAUUUCUACAGG